AUGAGCAAAUCAAAAGUUUCUGCAGAAUGGAAGAAACGAGUAAAAUCGGAGUACAUGCGAUUGCGACAAGUAAAGAGAUUCAAGCGGGCUGAUGACGUGAAGGUAGCAUGGGCUCGAAAUCUACGUAUUAUGUCGGAGGCGAUCGAGUCUCGCGAAAUCGAGAGUUCCGAACGCGGUCGGAGACCUUUUUGGCCUCCUCCAGCUCCUAGACCAAGCCAUGAGAGUCUCAUGAAACGCGCGGAAGUCACAUAUACUGACGCAUCCGGAGUAGUCACCACUCAACAAGUACCAAUAAGAAUAAUAAGUUCAGUCAAUCCUAUACCAACCAUGUAUACUUGGGCACCGACACAGAAGAACUUUAUGGUGGAAGAUGAGACUGUACUUCACAAUAUUCCCUACAUGGGAGAUGAGGUGUUGGACCAGGAUGGUACAUUCAUCGAGGAGCUCAUAAAGAACUACGAUGGGAAAGUGCAUGGUGAUAAAGAAGGUGGCUUCAUAGAUGACCAGUUGUUUGUGGACUUGGUUCAUGCGCUAGUUGCAUAUCAAACUAAAGAUGAAGUAGCUGAAGAACGAAAGGAGAGAGAGUUGCGCAUUUCUAAAGAAGAGAAAGAGAAGGAGGCUGCAAAGGAUUCAAAAGACAAGGAGAAAGACAAAGAAGAUGUGAAAGAAGGAGAGAAGAAGAUGAUAUAUGAGAAGCAGUUUCCGAUAUUCAUCAUAUUUCAAGCAAUAAGCUCACAGUUCCCUGAUAAGGGUACUGCUCAAGAGUUAAGAGAGAAGUACAUUGAGCUGACGUCCCGCAGCGACCCCAACGCGCUGCCGCCCGAGUGCACGCCCAACAUCGACGGGCCCCUCGCCGAGAGCGUGUCGCGCGACCAGACCAUGCACUCCUUCCACACGCUCUUCUGCCGUCGCUGCUUCAAGUACGACUGCUUCCUGCACCGCAGUCAGGCCACAGGUUUGCAAGCGUGCCACCCGCGCCCCAACCUCACCAAGCGCAAAGGCCCCGACCUAAAGUUUUUGGAGCCCUGCGGACCCAACUGCUACAUGCUACUGGAGGGCGUACAGGAGACGCUGGCGCGCGAGGCGCUGGCGGGCGGCGAGCGCGACAAGGCGCUGGACUCGCCCAACGACGCCUCCUCCGAGGACAGCAACGACAGCAACCGAUACCAGAAAGGCAGCAACAGUAACUCGAGCAACAGCAACUGGAGCAGCAAUGGCCACAAGCCCGCGGAGCCGCCGGAGCCCGCCGCUGACGCCGCAUACAACGCGCUAGGUCUGUCGGGCGGCGACGUGGGCAGCGAGUGGACGGGGUCGGACGCGUCGCUGUUCCGCGCGCUGCACAAGGUGUUCCCCGCCAACUGCUGCGCCAUCGCCCAGCUCAUGCUCUCUAAGACCUGCCAGCAGGUGUGGUGGCACUGGCGCGAGACCGGGCGCGGGCUGCGCUGCGAGGCGGCCGAGCGCACGCCGCCGCGCAAGAAGAAGAAGAAGCACCGCCUGUGGUCCGUGCACUGCCGCAAGAUACAGCUCAAGAAGGACUCCGCCUCGCACCACGUCUACAACUACACGCCGUGCGACCACCCCAACCAGCCCUGCGACAACAUGUGCCCCUGCCUGCAGUCGCAGAACUUCUGCGAGAAGUUCUGUCAGUGCAGCAGCGACUGCCAGAACCGUUUCCCCGGGUGCCGGUGCAAGGCGCAGUGCAACACCAAGCAGUGCCCGUGCUACCUGGGCGUGCGCGAGUGCGACCCCGACCUGUGCACGGCGUGCGGCGCCGACGCCGCGCCCGCGCCGCCGCACGCCCACGCCCCGCGCGCGCCGCUCUACUGCCGCAACGUCAGCGUGCAGCGGGGUCUGCACAAGCACCUGCUGCUGGCGCCGUCGGACGUGGCCGGCUGGGGCAUCUUCCUGAAGGAGGCGGCGCACCGCAACGAGUUCAUCUCCGAGUACUGCGGCGAGAUCAUCAGCCAGGACGAGGCCGACCGCCGCGGGAAGGUCUACGACAAGUACAUGUGCUCGUUCCUGUUCAACCUCAACAAUGACUUCGUGGUGGACGCGACGCGCAAGGGCAACAAGAUCCGGUUCGCGAACCACUCCAUCAACCCCAACUGCUACGCGAAGGUCAUGAUGGUCAACGGCGACCACCGCAUCGGCAUCUUCGCAAAGCGCGCCAUACAGCCCGGGGAGGAGCUCUUCUUUGACUACAGAUAUGGACCGACAGAACAACUGAAAUUUGUUGGCAUUGAACGAGAAAUGGAGUUUUUA